AUGAAGUUGUGUAACCGGGGAGCGCUGAUGCUGGUGACCACGGCGGUAGCCUUCAUAGCGUUCAGCCUGAUGACCAUCGCUGUGGGAACGGACUACUGGCUGUACUCGCGGGGCGUCUGCCGGUCCAAGACCUCGCUCCGUGACAACGAGACCAUCCGCAAGAACGAGGUGGUGAUGACGCACUCCGGGCUCUGGCGCACCUGCUGCCUCGAAGGUGACUGUUAACGGGUUGUUUGUUUGUUUUGAUUGAUUUGACUGGAUUUUUUGGUUAACGGUUUAAACUACAACUAUAGUGGUUUGGGUCAGUUUAAAGUGUUGAUUUGACUGGAUCUUUUGGUUAAGGGUUUAAAGUACAACUAUAGUGGUUUGGGUUAGUUUUAAGUGUUGAUUUGAUUGGAUCUUUUGGUUAAGGGUUUAAACGUUUGUGUGUGUGUCAUUUCUCUUUGCUUAUUUGAGCUGUUCUUGCCCCCCCUACCUUGUCACAACACAACUGAUUGGCUCAAAUGCAUUAAGAAGGAAAUAAAUUCCACAAAUUAACUUUUAACAAGGCACACCUGUUAAUUGAAAUGCAUUCCAGGUGACUACCUCAUGAAGCUGGUUGAGAGAAUGCCAAGAGUGUGCAAAGCUGUCAUCAAGGCAAAGGGUGGCUAUCUCAAAUAUAAAAUAUAUAUUUUGAUUUGUUUAACACUUUUUUGGUUACUACAUGAUUCCAUAUCUGUUAUUUCAUAGUUCUGAUGUCUUCACUAUUAUUUUACAAUGUAGAAAAUAGUAAAAAUAAAGAAAAACCCUUGAAUGAGUAGGUGUGUCCAAACCUUUGACUGGUACUGUGUAUAGAUAUAUAUAUAAAUAUACAUACUGUAUAGUAUACAGUGGCAGUCGGUGCCAUUGGGUUCAGGCUGUCGCUGGGCAACACAGACUUUCAGCUCCCUCCAAAGAUUUUCUAUUGGGUUCAGGUCUGGAGACUGGCUAGGCCACUCCAGGACCUUGAGAUGCUUCUUACGGAGCCACUCCUUAGUUGCCCUGGCUGUGUGUUUCGGGACGUUGUCAUGCUGGAAGACCCAGCCCACGACCCAUCUUCAAUGCCCUUACUGAGGGAAGGAGGUUUAUUGGCCAAGAUCUCGCGAUACAUGGCCCCAUCCAUCCUCCCCUCAAUACGGUGCAGUCGUCCUGUCCCCUUUGCAGAAAAGCAUCCCCAAAGAAUGAUGUUUCUUUGGGUUGUACUCAUCCUUAUUCUUCCUCCAAACACGGCGAGUGGAGUUUAGACCAAAAAGCUAUAUUUUUGUCUCAUCAGACCACAUGACCUUCUCCCAUUCCUCCUCUGGAUCAUCCAGAUGGUCAUUGGCAAACUUCAGACGGGUCUGGACAUGCGCUGGCUUGAGCAGGGGGACCUUGCGUGCACUGCAGGAUUUUAAUCCAUGACGGCGUAGUGUGUUACUAAUGGUUUUCUUUGAGACUGUUGUCCCAGCUCUCUUCAGGUCAUUGACCAGGUCCUGCCGUGUAGUUCUGGGCUGAUCCCUCACCUUCCUCAUGAUCAUUGAUGCCCCACGAGGUGAGAUCUUGCAUGGUGCCCCAGACCGAGGGUGAUUGACCGUCAUCUUGAACUUCUUCCAUUUUCUAAUAAUUGCGCCAACAGUUGUUGCCUUCUCACCAAGCUGCUUGCCUAUUGUCCUGUAGCCCAUCCCAGCCUUGUGCAGGUCUACAAUUGUAUCCCUGAUGUCCUUACACAGCUCUCUGGUCUUGGCCAUUGUGGAGAGGUUGGAGUCUGUUUGAUUGAGUGUGUGGACAGGUGUCUUUUAUACAGGUAACGAGUUCAAACAGGUGCAGUUGAUACAGGUAAUGAGUGGAGAACAGGAGGGCUUCUUAAAGAAAAACUAACAGGUCUGUGAGAGCCGGAAUUCUUACUGGUUGGUAGGUGAUCAAAUACUUAUGUCAUGCAAUAAAAUGCAAAUUAAUUAUUAAAAAAUCAUACAAUGUGAUUUUCUGGAUUUUUGUUUUAGAUUCCGUCUCUCACAGUUGAAGUGUACCUAUGAUAAAAAAUUACAGACCUCUACAUGCUUUGUAAGUAGGAAAACCUGUGAAAUCGGCAGUAUAUCAAAUACUUGUUCUCCCCACUUUAUUUAGUAUAGUUUUAUCUAAAAAGGAUAACUUUUUUAUCGUUUCACUAUUUAUGUUUUUAUGGAAUCCACUGAGGAGGAUGGUCCUCCCCUUCCUCCUCUUAGGAGCCGCCACUGAUAGUCUAGUGAGUGUGCGUAGGGUCAGUGCAUGAUAGAUAGUUCAGGUACCAUUCAUUGACUAAUUGACUACGGCCCCAGUGAUGUGCUGGUCUGCACCAGCCUCUGUAGCACCAUGUGAUUGAGGGCGGUGCUGUUGCCAUACCAAGCGGUGAUGUAGCCAGUCAAGAUGCUCUCGAUGGUGCAGCUGUAUAACAUUUUUGAGGAUCCGAGGGCCCAUACCAAAUAUUUUCGGCCUGCUGAGGGGGAAGAGGCGCUGCCGUUCCCUGUUCACGACUGUGCGAGUGUGUGUGGACCAUGUUACGUCCUUAGUGAUGUGGACGCCAAGGAACUUGAAGCUCUUGACCCGCUCCAUAACAGCCCCGUCGAUGUGGAUGGAGGCGUUGCUCUCCCCUCUUUCUCCUAUAGUCCACCAUCAGCUCCUUGGUCUUACUGACGUUGAUGGAGAGGUUGUUGUCCUGGCAACACCCUGCUAAGUCUCUGACCUCCUCCCCUGUAGGCUGACUCAUUGCCGUCGGUGAUCAGGCCUACCACCGUGGCGUCGUCGGCGAACUUGAUGAUGGUGUUGGAGUCGUGCGUAGCCACAAAAGUCGUGGGUGAACAGGGAGUACAGGAGGGGGCUGAGCACGCACCCCUGAGGGCCCCCCCCCCCAUGUUGAAGGUCAGCGUGGCCGAGGUGUUGUUGCCUACCCUCACCACCUGGGGGCGGCCCGUCCAGGAUCCAGUUGCAGAGGGAGGGGUUCAGUCCCAGGGUCCCUAGCUUGGUGAUGAGCUUGGAGGGGGACUAUGGUGUUGAACGCUGAGCUGUAGUCUAUGAACAGCAUUCUCACAUUAUUUCCCCUCUUAUGCAGGUGGGAAAGGGCAGUGUGAGAGGGCGACUGAGAUUGCAUCAUCUUGUGGCUCUGUUGGGGCGGCAUCAGCAUUGGAGUGGGUCCAGGGUGUCUGGGAUGAUGAUGUUGACGUGUGUCAUGACCAGCCUUUCAAAGCACUUCAUCGUUACAGAUGUGAAUGCCUACAGGGUCGACAGUCAUUUAGGAAGGUUACCUUGGAGCUGACGGGAACAAGGGGGGACAAUGGUGGUCAGCUUGAUUAGAGACAAGGAGAGAUUUAAAAUGUCCGUGAAGACACUUGGCAGCUGGUCUGAGCUCUGAGAACACAUCCCUGGUGUUCUGUCUAUUCUGACUCACACACACACACACACACACACACACACACACACACACACACACACACACACACACACACACACACACACACACACACACACACACACACACACACACACACACACACACACACACACACACACACACACACACACACACACACCCACACACACUCUAAUGUUUGCUGACCUCUAUCUGUUAAACAUCAAAGUGGUUUAAUGAGUUGGGCACAUUGUUAAAAGGACAUCAAUGAUGUGUGUGGGUGUGUUUGCAUGUGUGUGGGUGUGUAUUGAGGACCAUUGAACAGUUAAAAGCCCCUUUGGGAAGAUUGCUCCAGGACAGUUUCUGCUCUGCUCUGACCUGGCUGUUAGCAGAUGUACAGGUAACUACCAAAAUAAAGGAAACAGUUUCUGCUCUGCUCUGACCUGGCUGUUAGCAGAUGUACAGGUAACUGCCAAAAUAAAGGAACCAGUUUCUGCUCUGCUCUGACCUGGCUGUUAGCAGAUGUACAGGUAACUACCAAAAUACAGGAAACAGUUUCUGCUCUUCUCUGACCUGGCUGUUAGCAGAUGUACAGGUAACUACCAAAAUACAGGAAACAGUUUCUGCUCUGCUCUGACCUGGCUGUUAGCAGAUGUAACUACCAAAAUAAAGGAAACACCAACAUAUAAACCUGUAGGAGUUUGACCCUUCAGAACACUGUUAGCUUCAUAUCGUGUACCUGUUUCAGCCAGCUUCUUCUUCUGUUGUAUUUGGCUUGGUGGUAAUGUGACACAGUCUGUCCUGGGUUGGCGUGGCAACCAUGGUGACACUCCAUCAUAGAGUCAAUAUGGGAGGUCAAUACAGUAGUAGGCUUAUCUCCUCAGUGCUAUACACACACACACACACACACACACACACACACACACACACACACACACACACACACACACACACACACACACACACACACACACCCCUGAACACCUCUGUUCUCUGUGUAGGGACAUUCAGAGGGGUGUUUAAAGAAACCCCCUGAACACCUCUGUUCUCUGUGCAGGGACAUUCAGAGGGGUGUGUAAAGAAAUCCCUAGAACACCUCUGUUCUCUGUGCAGGGACAUUCAGAGGGGUGGUUAAAGAAAUCCCUGAACACCUCUGUUCUCUGUGCAGGGACAUUCAGAGGGGUGUGUAAAGAAACCCCCUGAACACCUCUGUUCUCUGUGCAGGGACAUUCAGAGGGGUGUGUAAAGAAACCCCCUGAACACCUCUGUUCUCUGUGCAGGGACAUUCAGAGGGGUGUGUAAAGAAACCCCUGAACACCUCUGUUCUCUGUGCAGGGACAUUCAGAGGGGUGUGUAAAGAAACCCCUGAACACCUCUGUUCUCUGUGCAGGGACAUUCAGAGGGGUGGUUAAAGAAACCCCCUGAACACCUCUGUUCUCUGUGCAGGGACAUUCAGAGGGGUGUGUAAAGAAACCCCCUGAACACCUCUGUUCUCUGUGCAGGGACAUUCAGAGGGGUGUGUAAUGAAACACCUCUGUUCUCUGUGCAGGGACAUUCAGAGGGGUGUGUAAAGAAAUUGAUUAUUUCUUAGAGGAUGCUGACUAUGAGCAGGAUGCUGCAGAAUACCUACUGAGUGAGUACACACACACACACACUUAUACAUCACAUAAUGAAUUUUGAGUGUAAUUUUGACUUUCCUUUGUGUGUGUGUGUGUGGUGUGUGUGUGUGUGUGUGUGUGUGUGUGUGUGUGUGUGUGUGUGUGUGUGUGUGUGUGUGUGUGUGUGUGUGUGUGUGUGUGUGUGUGUGUGUGUGUGUGUGUGUGUGUGUGUGUGUGUUGAAGGAGCGGUGAGAGCCUCCAGUAUAUUCCCCAUAAUGAGUGUAGGUCUGUUGUUUCUGGGAGGAGUGUGUGUGGCCGGCAGCGAGUUCUACAAGACACGACAUAACGUCAUCCUCAGCGCCGGGAUACUGUUCGUCUCCGCAGGUCGGCACACACAUACACACACACACACACACACACACACACACACACACACACACCGGUAGCACACACACACACACACACACACACACCGGAAGCACACACAGGAUGCAUACAUACACUCUUCUAAGUACCUCUCUCUUUCUCUCUCUCUCUCUCUCGCCCUCUCUCUCUCUCUCUCUCUCUCUCUCUCUCUCUCUUUCGCUCUCUCCCUCUCCCUCUCGCUGUCUCUCUGUCUCGCUCCCUCUCUGUCUCUCUCUUUCUCUGUCUCUCUCGCUCUCUCUGUCUCUCUCUCUCUCUCUCUCUCUCUCUCUCUCCAGGCCUCAGUAACAUCAUUGGCAUAAUUGUCUACAUAUCAGCUAACUCUCUCUCUCCACUCUCCAGGCCUCAGUAACAUCAUUGGCAUAAUCGUCUACAUAUCAGCUAACUCUGGUGACCCAGGUCAGAGUGACAGUAAGAAGAGUUACUCCUACGGCUGGUCCUUCUACUUUGGGGCGAUCUCCUUCGUCCUGGCUGAGAUGGUGGGUGUCCUGGCGGUACACGUCUUCAUAGAGCGACACCGACAGCUCCGUACCCGUGGCCGCCCUUCCCUCACCAAACCCCCCCUGUUCCGCUCCGCCUCCUACUGCAACCGUUACAACCGCUACAGACGCCGCUCCAGUUACCGCGGCAACAUGGACUCUCGUUACUCGAUAUCGUCGGCGGGGCAGCUGCGACCUCGUGAGCCCUCGCCGUUGCCGGCGGCCCUGUACGUGUCAAAGGUUGUCGCCGCGGGUCCAUCGGGGUCGGAGCCCAAACUAACCCCGCCCAAUAACAAGAUGGCCGCCGCAGGAGGAGAAGGAGGAAGAGGGUGGAUGUCGGGAGGAGCGUUAUCCCGUCACCACUGA